UUUAAGUUAAGAAGGCUGUGUAAACAGAUGGUCAUAUAUCUAUAUAGUGUUCUAAGGUAACGAUACUUGCAUUGGGACUAAACCUGUUAUUUAUAAAUUGUUCUGCUCACAGGUAGUAUACGUUUGAAAAUGUCACAUACGGCCAAAGCAGGCUCUUUCGAAUCGCUGAACCCUCAUAUCAGCGAUGCUACGCUAGACAUUGUGCAUGCCCUGGGCUUUGAGCGCAUGUCGCCUGUGCAAGCGGCCGUUAUACCACUUUUUACUACGAAUAAGGAUGUCAUUGUGGAAGCAGUAACGGGCUCAGGCAAAACUCUGGCAUUUGUGAUUCCCAUAAUCGAGAUCAUUAAGAAACGCGCUCAACCUCUGCAAAAACAUGACGUUGGAGCUUUGAUCAUUCUCCCCACGAGAGAGUUGGCGACACAG